CAAGCUGCAAAAUAACUUUCGGUUCUAACGGGUCAUUACUAAAAGCGAAGAUGGAUAAAGAAGAACUUGAAGAAGUGUUCGUCCUUUUUGAUCGAACCGGAGACGGAACCAUAGAGGUCAGCCAGAUUAAAGAUGUCCUGCGCUCCGCCGGUUUGAAUCCUCAAGGAACAGAUUUACAAAAGCUUGAAGCAGACUACAAAGACAAGGGAAAAGUCGAAAUGGCCGAAUUCCACGCGAUUUACAAAGAAAUCAAAGCCAAGCCCCAACCUGUUAUGGCAGAUUUUCUCGAGUUCUUCAGCAUUUUCGACAACGAAAAAAGUGGAACUGUUGACUCGUUUCAGCUGCGAGGCUUUCUGUGCAUGAAGGGGGACUCAAGACUGACAGAAGAUGAAGUGGAAUUGCUGGUCAAGGAUAUUGAAGACAAGAAGAAGGAGACUGUCCCCUAUAAAGAUCUUGUUACCUUGGUUAUGAGUGAACCACAAUCUGCUGGCCAGUAGUAGAUCACUGACUGGAUUGCUGACUCAGUUAAGGCUUAAAGGCGCACAGUAAAAAUAUUUAGCGACUUUUUUUGGUUUUAUUUUAUCGUAGAAUGUUAGACUAGCCUAAGACUGUCUACCUUACUUUCGUUAACUUGUUAGGGUUAUUUAUAUUUUUGUAGUAGUUAUCGUUGUAUUAUGAGAAUCGGUAAACAGAAGAGCACUCAAGUUUAGGACCUUUUCUCU